GUUUGACUCAUCAUAGUCACGAGUCAAGGAUAUAUACUGCUCUCACUCCUCGUUCAUCACAAUUUGCUCCUUCGAUGGACGCCUACAGCCGCCAGUUAAAGCACCAAGUGUUCGUCAAUUUCCGGGGAGACGAGCUGAGGUGUGGUUUCGUCAGCCAUCUAGUGGAAGCUCUUCAAAGAAAUGGUAUCAACGUUUUCAUAGACAAACACGAGAGAAUCGGUGAAGAUCUCACCAACCUCUUCGUGAGGAUCGAGGAGUCGACCAUCGCACUGGUCAUAUUCUCCAGGAGGUACACGGAGUCGAGAUGGUGUUUAGAUGAGCUCGUUAAAAUCAAGGAGCGUACAGAUCAAGGACUGCUCAAGGUCAUUCCCAUCUUUUUCAAAGUGGAACCAAUCACCGUGAAACAGCUCAGGGGAGCAUUCGGUGACCAGUUUAGAGACAGAGAGAGGGAAUAUGGAUGUGAUAAACCAAGAACAGAUAGAUGGAAAGAAGCUUUAGCAUCUGUGUCCUGUAAGAUUGGUUUGACCUUUGGCAAGAAAAGUAACGAAAGUAAAUUUGUCAGGAUAGUUGUCAAGGAGGUCAAGAAAAUGCUACAAGAGAAUAUUGGGGACAUUCCAUUUUUAGAAAGAGUAAUAGAUACUUCUUCUCUAGGAGGGCAGGGAUCCAGCCAAGUAUCAACUCAAGAAACGGUUGACCUAUGCAGAGAGAGCAUUGCUCUAGUGCAAGCAAACUCUAACAUUGCAAACCAGGUUGCUUUGGUUUCCAAGCGUUACACUGACAUCGAAUGUGAGAAUCGCAUUCUAAGGGCUCAGCUCGGUGAGCUAGCCGAGAGGCUAGAAUCAAUAAACUCUAUCAUAGAAACGGUGGAAGGAGUUGUUGGAAAGAUUCCUAGGUUUCCUGAUUUUCUGAUGAACCCUUGGCAAAUAUCUUACUCUUCACAACCAAUCAUGGCCUCUGCUGAGAUGUUUCAUUACUGAUAUUUACUAGCGGGUUGUUGGGUCUUCCAUAAUCAAUCAAUUUCUGUUUUUUUCUUCCAUCCUCCCUUCAAUUUAUCCGCUGUUAGUGAUACAUAUAGAUUUGUAAUCACUAUACAGAUUUCUAAUCAAUUUUAUAAAUUAGCCUGCUAUCAGUUAUUCCGAUCCUUUUCAGCUGCAGUAUACUAUACAUUGGUUAACAAAAAAAAAAGUUGCACAAAAAAAGUCUUUUUCAUGCAUUUUGUCAUUUGAUUUUCUGACUAUAUAAGCAAGCAGCUACCGUUUUUUUUUGUUUGGUUCUAAGUUCCAACGAGUUUGGUGAUCCACAACAUAGUUCUGAAGAGAACGUGUUAUUCUCUUCAUCUAUUUCAACAACCUUCAGACCAGACCCUUAACGACCGGCAGCUUAAGGUUCCUGUUAAUCCCAAUCAUAUAGAGAGUGAUGUGUGUAGUUGCUACAUGCUGUAUGCUUUUC